CGGCCCCCGCGCCCAGGCGGCUGCUCCCUGCUGACUGGGGUGUGGGCGGGGAGCGGCGGAGGCAGGAGGAGGCGCUGCUGGCCGCCGCCGUUGCCUCCGCUGCUGGGCGCCUGGGCAGCUCCCGGGGCUCCUGCGGCCGCCAUGGACGAGCAGGCGGGUCCCGGCGUCUUCUUCAGCAACAACCACCCGGGCGCCGGCGGUGCCAAGAGUCUCGGGCCUCUGGCGGAGGCUGCCGCGGCUGGCGACGGGGCGGCUGCGGCGGGGGCGGCGCGAGCCCAGUACAGCCUCCCCGGGAUCCUGCACUUCCUGCAGCACGAGUGGGCCCGCUUCGAGGUGGAGAGAGCCCAGUGGGAGGUGGAGCGGGCGGAGCUGCAGGCCCAGAUUGCUUUCCUUCAGGGGGAAAGGAAGGGUCAAGAAAAUUUGAAGAAGGAUCUUGUGAGGAGGAUCAAAAUGCUGGAGUAUGCUCUUAAACAGGAAAGAGCCAAAUACCACAAGUUGAAAUAUGGGACAGAAUUGAAUCAGGGAGAUAUGAAGCCUCCAAGCUAUGAUUCUGAUGAAGGUAAUGAAACAGAGGUACAGCCACAACAAAAUAGCCAGUUAAUGUGGAAACAGGGCCGACAACUACUCAGACAGUAUCUACAGGAGGUGGGUUACACAGAUACUAUUCUAGAUGUGAAAUCUAAACGAGUGCGAGCUUUGUUGGGCUUUUCAAGUGAUGUCACUGACAGGGAAGAUGACAAAAAUCAGGAUUCAGUUAUAAAUGGCACAGAGGCUGAAGUUAAAGAGACAGCAAUGAUUGGAAAAUCCGAGUUAACAGAUUCUGCCUCUGUGCUGGAUAAUUUCAAAUUCCUUGAAAGUGCAGCUGCAGAUUUCAGUGAUGAAGAUGAAGAUGAUGACAUUGAUGGAAGAGAGAAAAGUAUCAUUGAUACUUCAACGAUCGUUAGGAAAAAAGCAUUGCCUGAUAGCAGUGAAGAUCGAGAUACAAAAGAAGCUCUAAAGGAAUUUGACUUCUUGGUUACAUCCGAGGAAGGAGACAGUGAGUCUAGAAGUGCAGGCGAUGGAACAGAAUGGGAAAAGGAAGACCAGUGUCUCGUGCCUGAAGCCUGGAAUGUGGACCAGGGAGUAAUUACCAAACUCAAGGAACAAUACAAAAAGGAGAGAAAGGGGAAAAAGGGGGUGAAGAGAAAAACUACCGAAGAUCUGUUUCAGCCUCUAUCCUAUAUAAAACAGUCAAAACAGGGAUGUGGGAGAAUGAAGAAUCAAAGCUCAGGGCCCAAUAGGUCAAAACUACAAGAUAUGCUUGCUAAUUUGAGAGAUGUUGAUGAACUUCCCUCAUUGCAGCCAUCUGUGGGUUCACCGUCCAGACCCACGAGCUCCAGGCUUCCUGAACAUGAGAUAAAUAGGGCAGAUGAAGUGGAAGCAUUGACUUUUCCUCCUUCUUCUGGGAAGUCCUUCAUCAUGGGAGCAGAUGAAGCCCUUGAAAGUGAACUGGGCCUUGGAGAAUUGGCAGGCCUUACAGUGGCCAAUGAAGCAGACUCACUAACUUAUGAUAUAGCAAAUAAUAAAGAUGCAUUGAGGAAGACGUGGAACCCUAAGUUUACAUUACGAAGUCACUUUGAUGGCAUUCGAGCCCUUGCUUUCCACCCCAUUGAGCCUGUUUUGAUAACAGCAUCAGAGGAUCACACAUUAAAAAUGUGGAAUUUGCAGAAAACAGCUCCAGCCAAAAAGAGUACUUCUCUUGAUGUGGAACCUAUUUAUACAUUCAGGGCUCAUAAAGGUCCAGUGCUUUGUGUGGUAAUGAGCAGCAAUGGUGAGCAGUGUUACAGUGGUGGUACUGAUGGACUGAUCCAGGGCUGGAAUACCACCAACCCCAACAUUGAUCCCUAUGACUCUUAUGAUCCUUCUGUUUUAAGAGGCCCUCUGCUGGGUCACACUGAUGCAGUCUGGGGCUUGGCUUACAGUGCAGCACAUCAGCGUUUGUUGUCCUGUUCAGCAGAUGGCACUCUCCGUUUAUGGAAUACAACUGAGGUUGCUCCAGCCCUAAGUGUAUUUAAUGAUAAUCAAGAAUUGGGAAUCCCUGCCUCUGUGGAUCUGGUGAGCAGUGACCCAAGCCAUAUGGUAGCAUCAUUCAGCAAAGGAUAUACAAGCAUCUUUAACAUGGAAACACAACAGCGCAUUCUCACUUUAGAAUCCAACCCAGAUUCAGCCAGUUCUUCCUGCCAAAUAAAUAGAGUCAUCAGCCAUCCCACUCUUCCCAUCAGCAUCACUGCUCAUGAAGACAGGCACAUCAAAUUCUAUGAUAACAAUACAGGCAAACUCAUCCACUCCAUGGUAGCCCAUCUAGAAGCUGUUACAAGUCUAGCAGUUGACCCUAAUGGCUUGUACUUGAUGUCUGGCAGUCAUGACUGUUCAAUACGUUUAUGGAACCUAGAAAGUAAGACAUGUAUCCAAGAGUUCACAGCUCAUCGGAAAAAGUUUGAAGAAUCAAUUCAUGAUGUAGCUUUCCAUCCAUCCAAAUGCUAUAUAGCCAGUGCUGGGGCUGAUGCACUGGCUAAAGUCUUUGUAUGACACAAUGCAUCAUCUUCACCUUCUAGCUCUUUAUAAAUAAUCAACUGCACAAAAGAGAUACAGAAGACCAGGGCAAGAAUCAACCUUUCCUGCCCUUUUGUUCUGCUGAAGGAGCACAGAGAACAUUUGUUAAAGUAUAGUUUUGCAAUUCGUAUACUGUUUUCUAAAACUAAGGUUUGUUCAGGUUGCUGCAAGCUCAGCUGAAUCUGUGAGCCUGAAAACUGUUUCAAAUUUUCCCCCAAAUAGGAGCUUUUAUUUCUGAGGUUGUUCUAAUUCGCUAGGCAGGCCUGAGCGAACAUAAGUUUAGCUUGUCCCUAUUGAGUAAAUAGGGCAUGCUAUAAGGGAUAAUUAAAAAGCUUGAUGACUGGGAAUGAGUAGAGGAAGAACAGAAAUUUAGACCUAGCUCUCCCCUGAGAAUCUUGUUAAACACAUUAGGUAGUCAAAACAGUAAUCUUUACCAUAUCUGCUGUACUAACCCCUAUGUGCGUAAUGACCAGGCAGUGUUAAAAUGAGUUUUUAAUUUAGCUCUCCUUUCAUCUGUGCACAUAAAGCACCUGGCAAAGCAUUUUACCUAUUAGGGGAAAAAAAAAGAAAUGCAAUAAUAUGUUAAAUAUAUUAUUAUUCAGAAAUACUAAACAAAUAUUUAGUUUGUAAGCAGAUUUCUAUAUUGUAUUACAUUUUUGAAAAUAGAUUUGGUACCAUUGUAAAGUUUAGCUGUCAAAAACAGUCACCGUUAUGAAUAGUUGAUAGAGUCUGCUUUUACUAAUGGGUUUAACUUAUUCAAGUUUGAGAUUCUGUUUAUUUUUAAGGGCAGGCAGGGCAUAUCUUUAUAAUACUCUCUGUUAAUUUUAAAAUUCACUUUAUUCAUGUGAUAUUUAUAGUACCAGAAUGGUUAUCUCCUAUCGAUGAAAUCAGACCUUUCAGUGGUUGAAAAGUUGGAAGUUAUCUGUGAGUACUCACAUUGGUCAAAACCCACAAACCAUGCUUCAGAUGACCUCUUGCUCUUUGUCUCUCAUGUUCAAAUUAUCUGACAUCUACCAAAAACAGUUUAAAAUUAUUAUGUUUUAACAACCCAAAGGGUUUGGUUAAUGUCAGGCAGCUGUCUUUGCUGGACUAAAUAAAGCAACUCUUUUGUACCCCAGAAGUCCUCCAUUAAUAUAUUCAAUAAGUGGAAUCUGGAAAUCUGGAUGGAAGAGUUUGGUGCAUAACUUUGGCUAAAGAGUUCUCGUUCUCUUUCCCUUCCCCUACUUCUCUUCCAUUCCUUAAUUGGAAAACCCAGAGUAUUUUAAUAGGCAAUAUAUCAAUAUCAUUUCUGGAGAAUAUUGUCAUAAAGGACCAGGCUUCCCUGAGCUCACCUAUCCUGUGACCUACAUGUCUUGGGAUUCCCAUAACCCCACUCUUUGGACUGAAUAUAUAGACAUCAUCCCUACAGCUGUCUCACUUGUCUUCACACUCUCUUGUUUACCCCAAAUGUCAGAGACCAAUGUAGAAAUGAGAAAUAAAUUACUAAUGCCCAAAUUUUCAGCAAAAUGUAUGUAUAAUAGUUCCUCACCUUUAAAUCCAUAUCCAUAAAGAAUUUAAUCUUUUAAUAUAAUUCCUACAUUCCUCUCCCUACAUAUUCCAUUGUCAUAUCAAUGACACUUCUGAUAACAUGUGUAUCUACUUCUUGAAGAUGUAUUCUGGUGGUGAUAUGGAUAGUAAUUGACAGUUUUUCUUUAAAAUUUCUGCUUUUCUGCCUCUAGAGUUUUGCAGUAUACAGGCAAAUUUUCUUUAAAGAUGUGUGCUGGAUUUGCCUGAUCGAUAUACAGAUAUGCUUUAAUAUUUUGACACAGCAACCUUGUCAUUUCAUCUGUGCUUUGGUUAACAAUGGGCUCAAGGGACUCCUUUGUAUAAUCAAAUGAAUUGACCUGGACUUGGGCUACCAGGUGAAUGUUUAUAUUAUUCCCAUGCAGAUACAAAAUUCCACAUUUUAUUUGGUGCAUUCCUCUUUUGGUUCUGAGUGAAAAAAUGGUGUUGCUAACCUAACAUUUAUAGAAGGAUACUGGAAAAUUCAGUCAGGUGCCCUUACUUGGCAUAUUUAUGAUGGUUUAAGCUAUUGUUCUACCAGUUACUGCUUUAAUUACCUCCCAAGGUCUUCAGUGCCUGCUUUACUUAAUGUCACUGAAAUUCGCAAAACCAAGACAUUCUCUUUCCCUUCAUUUUAUACCUCAUGGUUGAAAUUUUUCUGUUAGUGAGUGGAAAAUGACCAUGAGAUACGUAGACCAUAGUGCAAAUGAUGGAACUGUUGAAAGUUCUUUAGCAAGCCAAUGCCAUGCCAUUGGAGACUAUACACAGAAACAGAUUCUUCUCCACUAGCACUGUAUAAUCCCAGCCUAGAAAUGAGCCAAAGCUGUCUUCCAACCAGCCAGAAGCAUAAACAUGGGUCUGAUUUUCCUCCCAGCCUAUUGAAAAUUUAACAGAAAUCCGCAAAACGAACAAAUUCAAGAUUCAAACAGUCAUUGAAAUGCUUUCAUAGCAUUUGGUUUGUAAAUAUUUUGGAUGAAACGUAUUGGGAUAGUCUGAAAAUCCGCAGGAGAUGUGGGUCCCUGCCUUAUUUUCAUAUGCUAUGGAUACAUCUCUGGGAGCUUGCAGCACCCUUCUCAAAACCCAACUGUCAUAUGGAGCUCAUUUGCUACUCGAACCCUAGACAUAUAUUUAACAUAAGUGAUAUAAUGACCUUCAGUAUUUUUCUAUUGAACAAGUUUAGCAAUUUUUGCCAUUAAACAGAUUAGUUAUGCAAAGUAUUUAGCUUUUAUAAUCAUUUUAGUUAGGACUAAAAGGGGGAAAUUAUGCUGCAUCACUGAUAAUGAACUUUGUGAAAAAUUUUUUGUUUAUCUGACUCUCAUUCCUUCAGUAUUCUUGCUAUAAAUUUGUUUUGGAGAUAAUGAUAAAGAUUUAUUUGAAAAUGUCUAAAAUGUAUGUAUAUUUUAUAAAUAUAUAUUAUAUAUAUUGUAGGAAUAUAUAUAAUAUAUAUAGACUUCAUAUAUGUGUGUGUGUAUGUGUGUGUGUACGCACACAUACACACACACACACACAUAUAUAUAAACCAUAGGUGCAUUUUACUGUUUUGUAUUUUCGUUUUUAGAGAUAGUGUACACCGCAGGUAAUGAUGAGUAUGAUGAGUGUUGUGCUGUUUGCUUUUGCAGUAUAAUAUAUAGUUCUAAAUGUUUAAAUUACUGUAUAUACUAUAUUCAUUAUAGGCUAGCAUGCUUGUUUUAAAGACUGUCAUUCUAGUUUAUUAAAAUCUGAAUGUAAGAAAACCUGGCUAUUCAAAUGUGAAUUGAAAAAUAUUCCAUUCUCAGUACUGAACUAUUUCCAUUGAACAUUCAGGAUUUUUAACAAAACAGAUAUCAUCAAGAAGGCAAUAGCUAGAGAAUGAGAGGUGCCUUUAAAAUAAAAUACAAAUGCAGCCUUACAGUGAGGAUGAGGAUUGAGUUGGGGGGGCGGGGGGCUAUGAGAGAGAAAGUGUGUGUGUGUGUGUGUGUGUGUGUGUGUGUGUAUGUGUGGGUGUGUGUUUGCCAAUCUGUGACGGUCCUGAUUUGUGACCAUCAGUGUCUUCAGUGUAUCUGCUCAACUUCUAGGAUUUCAGGGGACAUUUCAUGCGUUGUCUUUGUGCUCUUCUGAGCACCACAUGUACUUUCCAAGGAUUUUGAAUGUGAAUUCCUAGAAAUUUCAGUAGAGAGGAAAAUAACUAUUCUUUCACUAUAGUCAAGUUCAGGUAAAAGGAGAAACUCGGUUCACCAAAAUUAUGGGAUCUCAUCAAAUGUUGGCUAAGUAAAUUAAUUUUUUUAAAAAUGUACUUUCUAAAGGCCCUCUUUUUUAGUACUUCAUAUAUUUCCCUUCAAAGCAUGCCAUGAAAUUCUUAUGUGAUGAAGAUUCAGCUAGUAAAAAUUAUUUUUAGAUACCUGAACUAGUUAAAAGUUAAAAUACCACCUAAGAGUAGUGUUUAAAUGACAUCUUUCAUAUCUACCUCUUUGUCAUUGCUGCCAUUUUAACUAAAGCAAAUCUUUAUGACAUCUGAAAUGAUGAUUGGAUGCAAUUUAAAAAUCUAUGUUGGUGCUUUUCUCAGGCUUUGUCAUUUAAGUUAUAUUGAACUAAGAUGUCACAAAUCAGAUUGAAAGACUUAAUAGAGUUUUGGUUUUCUUUUGAAAGAACUGCUUAAAAUUUAUCAUUAAGGUUGAUAGUGAGUGGAUAUAGUUAAUCUGUGGUUGGUAUAUGUGAUAUUUUCAACCAAGAGCCAAACUGUUAUUGAAGUUACAAAGAAAAAGAGCUCUAAGUACAGUUUUCUUCAGCUUGCUUUAUUCUUUGAAAGCUAUUUCAAGGCUAUUAAGUACAUAAUCAUUAAUUUUAUUUACUCAGAAGUUGCCUUUGUUACCAUGUUAUUUGUCUAGUUAUUUAUAUAAUUGUAGUACUUUAUGUGUUUGACACUGGGAUUAAGGUUGUACAAAAGUAGUAGCUGACAGAAAUUAUAUGUAUAUUUUUGUGAAAUGUAUCAAUUCCAGAAGUUCCUUUAAGGGGAAGGUCCAGGAAACAUGUUCCUCUUUAAAAACAAAGGACAGGCCUCCAUAAAUGAUUUGAAUCAUUUUUACUUUCAGCACUGAAAGUUUAAUUGGCCAUAUCCAUCAUCCAGCUGGACCUCCAUGUCAGUGUCAGGGACAUCAGAUUGACAAAGUAUUUAACAGAUUGCAUCAGUUUUGUUUUUUGCUUUUGUUCCAUUUUUGUUUCUGUUCUUAAUCUUAAGAAAAAAAAACCAAAUUUAGGCCAAAUAGAGAUCCCUAGAUUCCACUUACUUAUUAUAGGAGUAUUCCUGAAGUGGUGCUUAGGGGUCAGAAUUUUCUGGAUCUUUGCUAAUCCAGCUUUAGAUUUGAUUUAACUGGGACCACAUGCUUGUCAUCCUUUUGAUGCAAAUUAGAAAGUUCAUUUUAAUUUAGAUUAACUUUAAUGUCUGCCUGGAUUUUUAACAGGCUGUGAACCAGUGAGUGCCUUGUUAAUGUAGAAUGAUUUUUCCCUGGUUGGUAGCUCCUUUCUGAAAAUGUCUCAGAGAAUGGUAUUUUAGUUGACUUGUACAGAUCUGCUAAAUUCGGUAUUAUCAGCAGUCAGAAAGCCUUCGGUCUACCACAUGCCCCCCUUCCUACUUUCUUCUCAUUGUUUGGCUGAAGUUUGCCUCUUGUGAGAAACAAAUAACAACCCCCCUCUCCACACACUUUUUUUCAAUCCAAAUUAAGAAGUGUCCCUACACCCAUUCCAACUAUAUGAUCUAAUAUCUGUUUUUAGGAGGAACCACUUCUUUGUAAUCCUGAAAUCUACUGGUUACUUUAUGUCUUUUCAACUUCAGUUUACUAGAGCUGACUUCAGGGCAUCAUCAGUUCAGAUUCCUCAGUAACUUCUUUUCUCCAUACCCUCAAUUCCCCACCCCCCUAACUGGUGAGCCCUGGACCAGACUGUUUGAUCUUCAGGUAUUUUUAAAUUUAGUUAUAAUACCAAUUAAUGUAAAUUAAUCCAAAUGCUAAUUUUUGUGGUGCAAGAAGUUUCUUUUGUAAAUUCAGGGUAUGGAUAAGCUAAUUAUUUUUUUUUGGUGGCUCUAAGUGUAUUAUUUGUUUUUAAAUAAAGUGUACAAAUAUAGAUAAUGUGCUAUAGGUGUCUCAUGAAUUGAAAUAUUUUGGAACCUAGUGGAUUUGCAGUUAAAAUAUUUUAAUACAUCUUGAUUUUGUUUGUUU